UCGUACUUUGUUUUAAUUAAAACAUAGUAAUAUGCAUUUUAGUGCCUAGCGGCUUAUGCAUAAUAAUCUUAAACUUGUUUAGUUCGGUAGCACCAGAUGUUUACCCUAUUUUUUUACACAAAAAACGUUCAACUCUAUGAGCAUCAGAUCAUGGUCAGAUUUGCAGAAUUUAUUACAGUCACUUUGUUAAGUUCUUGACAUGUAUGUUGUUGUUGUACAGGGCAGAUUGAAAGAAAGCAAAAGUUUCAUUAAAUGGAAUAAGCAUUCACAAGCUCCACACCAAGGGUACCCUCUUACCCCUCACAGAGAUGGUCAUGAUGCUCUGGACCCAACAUCGGGAUAUCUUGGUGCUGGAACAGACAUUGAUUUAAAAACAAAUAUUAAAAAAAUCUCGAGUAUGAACCAAUUAAGUGAUAAGAUUCAACUUGGAACACCAACCAGCAAACCUCCCGCGAGUGGAAGACCUCAAACUCCACCUCGUGCUGUUGCACCAGAACAUGGGGGAAAAUGGGCAAGUAAUCAGGUGAGUGAUGUAAGUCUUCGUGCGAAGUUGGGUGGCUGGACGAGUAACAAUGCAGUAAAGCCAAAAAAUAUUAAUGAUUCGGGAAAUCUUGUGGUUGGAACUUUUACCUUCAAACCUGGAAAUUGGAGAGAUGAGGCGGCAAAAUAUUAUAUGUUCAGCAGCAGUACACAAACGAGUAACAGAAUGGUAGAUUGGGACAAAAGGUUGCCGCCCAAAUUGCUUCCAUGUCCAAGUACCCUUGAGAAGACACCAGAUCCGAUCUCCCAAAAUAUGAACAUUUGGCCAAAAAGAUUUGAAAGUGACCCUGAAUUCUGGCAGACAAUUGGAAGGUCAUGGGAUUGGUUUCAGUUUCGAAAUAAGAACCAUGGAAACCGACCAUACAGCUACACAAGUCAUUACAGGAAGAGUGGACACAUUCCUUGUUAUGGCGGUUGCGUUGGAGCUUACAACUUUGAAGAUAAGGACCAUCCACAUGAGGAAUAUCGUCCACUUACAAGUUUAAGAACUCCCAAACCAAGAUACACUGACACAGCACACCGUCCCAAUAUACCCCACUACAAAGGAUGUGUGCAUUGGACAGCAACACAUAGUGCUAACAACACUUUCCCGGCACCACAACCUCCUUCUACAGCUCAUUCACACAGAAAACUUCCAACCUCUCCCAAUACUUCUAUUCAUUCAAAGAAAGGGCCUCUAUCAAGAAUGGUUACAACUGUUCCACCGAAGAACCCGUUCAAUCAAGUUGAAGAUCAGCAAGACUAGAUUCUAAAGUUUACAAAUCAAAAUGAAUGUACAUUUUUAUAUUAUGAAUAUUCCGAUGACAAAACUUUUGUUUGAAUGUUUACACGUUAAAUAUAUUUUGAUCAAA